AUGCGGGUACUGUAUGUGUGUAAUUUUGAAUUGGCUGUAUUUCUGAAGCAGAAUGUUCCAAAGACAGUGGAUCAGAUGAGUAUGUUAGCUGAUCAGUUUAGGGAAGCCAGAAAUACUAGUGCUAUCAAUUUGUGUUCAAAGGCAGUACAUAAACCUGAGGUAAGAAAGGUACCAGAAAAACCCAAAGAUGCACGUCAGCAUCAGCAACAGAAGCCAAGGUUUGUUCCAAACAAUGAAAGAAAAUGUUUUGUAUGUAACAAAUAUGGUCACAUUGCACCCCAGUGCAGAUUUAAAAGUAAAAACUCAAGUGCAGCAGUGUGCAAGGACGAACUUGGGAAAGUUCAAGCAAGUGGUAGUAAUGCAAAUCCAAGUAACUGCGCAGCGCUGAUUUACAGUCAAAACCCGUCUAUUUGUAGUCAGGUGAGUGACCAUACAACCGUUUUAACAUCGGCAUGUCAUUCUACAGAGAAACCAAUGCCUCUUUCAGCUGGUUACGUUGAAGACAGCACGAGAAUAGUGGUCCCAGUGGCAAAGGUUGUCAUUGAUUCUCCAUAUGUAUCAGGUGAGUAUGAAUGUUGGUGUAUGGAAAAUCCUGUCUUUGAUCUGAUUAUAGGUGAAGUAGAGAAUGCCAGGAAACCUCAUGAUCCGGAUCCAGAAUGGAAACCUAACACUAUUACAGCGGUUGAAACAAGACAACAGGUAAAAGAAAAACAGAAAAAGUAUAAACCUCUUAAAGUUCCAGAAAUCGUCAAAGAUGAAAUCAACCCAGAUGACAUAUUGCGAGAGCAGCAGUCAGAUCCGUCACUCGAAACGGCACGCAGAUAUGCACAGGAAGGUCGAAGGUCACGUGAUGGUAAGGUCAAGUGGUUUGAAAAGAAUGGUCUUCUGUACAGGAAAUAUCUGUCAGCAGAAAAAGACAGUGGUAAGACCUAUUCUCAACUUAUAGUCCCAUCCAAGUUCCGUCAUAUUGUAAUGAAAUUAGCCCAUGAAUUGAUCAUGUCUGGCCAUUUAGCGAUUAGUAGAACCAUUUGUAGGACUUUGUCAGAGUUCUUUUGGCCAGGAAUGCAGUCGGAGAUAAAACGAUUUUGUAGGUCUUGUGAUACAUGUCAAAGAACGGUGUCUAAGGGUACAGUGACGAAAGUUCCUUUAGGUAGAAUGCCUUUAAUAGACGUGCCUUUUAAAAGAGUUGCUGUAGACAUUGUAGGUCCACUUCACCCUCCAACUGAAAAAGGUAAUCGUUUUAUUUUGACUUUAGUCGAUUACGCUACAAGAUUUCCACAAGCGAAGGCACUUCCAGGAAUAGACACAGAGCGGGUUGCUGAGGCCUUACUUGAGAUGUUCUCCUAUACAGGUAUUCCAGAGGAAAUAUUGACAGACAUGGGAAGCCAAUUUACUUCCGGGCUCAUGAAAGAGGUGAGUAGACUCAUUUCGUUGAAACAGUUAACAACUACUCCGUAUCACCCUAUGUGCAACGGGUUAGUUGAAUGGUUUAACGGCACACUUAAGCAAAUGCCUAAACGUAUGUGUAUAGAUAGACCAAGAGACUGGGACAAAUAUCUACCCACUGUGCUUUUUGCCUAUCGUGAGGUGCCCCAGGAAAGUUUGGUUUUUGCUCCCUUUGAGUUGUUAUAUAGUCGUACGGUGAGAGGACCCAUGACGAUCCUGAAAGAACUAUGGACGGAAAAAAUUCCGGAUCCACAGGUAAAGUCUACCUACCAGUACAUUUUAGAUCUCCGCGAGCUAUUGGAGUCAACUUGGGAGUUGGCACAGGAGAAUCUUAAGAGGGCGUCAGAAAGACACAAAGUGUACUUUGACAAGAAGGCUAGAGUACCAAAUAUGAAACCAGGAGAGAAAGUUUUGGUUUUGUUGCCUUCUGAUAGUAAUAAGCUCCUUAUGCAAUGGAAAGGCCCUUUUCAAAUUGUGAAAAAGAUAGGUAAAGUAGACUAUCAGUUAGAUGUGAAGGGAAAAGUAAAGACAUAUCACGCAAAUAUGUUAAAAAGAUAUAUAGAACGUUGUGAACCAGUUGUUCAAUGUGUUAUGUCAGUUGUAGAUUCAGAACAGAUUCAGUUUGAUGAAUCAGUUGGUGAGUAUGAUGAAGAAGCAGAGUUCGUACACGUACAGUCUCGAGAAUCCUACAAAGAUGUAGAUGUGAAUCCAGAUCUCAACAGAGAUGAGAGACAAACUCUUAUGGAUCUUUUACACAGGACAACAACGGAUAAACCUGUGAGAGUAAGUCCGAGACAAAUCCCUUUUGCUAUGAUGGAAACAGUGAAAGAUGAGGUGCGUAAAAUGUUAGAAAUUAGGGUAAUCGAAUAUUCGGAAAGUCCAUAUUCAUCCCCAAUAGUCCUUGUUGCAAAGAAGGACAACACAUAUCGGUUUUGCGUCGAUUUUACAGCUCUGAAUCGCAUUACUGUGUUUGAUGCGGAGCCUAUGCCUGAUGUAGACGCAAUGUUUGCUAAAUUAUCAGGUCAUAAAUACUUCUCACGGUUAGAUUUAACAAAGGGGUACUGGCAAGUGCCAUUGUCUGAUUCUGCCCGUCCAAUGACAGCUUUUCAGACUCCCCAAGGUUAUUUCCAGUUCACCAAAAUGCCGUUUGGGCUGGUUACAGCUCCGGCUACUUUUUGUCGUCUCAUGCGAGAGGUGCUCAACAACGUGUCUAAUGUUGACAAUUUCAUAGAUGAUAUUUUGAUAUUUACUCAUGCUUUUGAUCAACAUAUCUCUGUGCUUUCUCAGGUUUUACAGCGUCUCCGUUUAGCAAAUCUCACUGCCAGACCAAUGAAAUGUUCUUUGGCUUAUCGGAAACUGGAGUGUUUGGGCCAUAUCAUAGGCGAUGACAAAGUACAUCCUCAUCCAGAUAAAGUGUCGGCUAUACAACAGGCGAACCAUCCUACGACGAAAAAACAACUACGAUCUUUUCUAGGACUGGUAAAUUUUUACAGAAAGUUUAUCUCGAAUUUUGCCCAUAUAGCUCUUCCAUUAACAGACCUCAUAAGAAAGUUCUCUCCUAGUAAACUUCAGUGGACAGAAGCUCAGGAAUUAGCAUUUCAAAAUCUAAAAGCAUCUAUUAUACAAUCUCCGAUUUUGAAAUUACCAGGUCUUUCCAAGGUUUUCAUUGUACAGACUGACGCAUCCGACAGAGGUAUAGGAGCAGUACUUUUACAGGAAGAAGGUGAAUUCAAACUCCCGGUUGCCUAUGCCAGCCGCAAACUAAAACCAAGUGAAGAACACUACUCGACGAUAGAAAAGGAAUGCUUGGGUAUCAUUUGGUCCGUGCAAAAGUUUCACAGGUAUCUCUAUGGCAAAGAGUUUAUUUUAGAGACAGAUCACCAUCCGCUAGUAUAUUUGAAUAAGACGAAGUUGGUGAACUCCAGACUAAGGAGAUGGGCAUCGUCACUUCAGCCAUACCGAUUCCGCAUCAGGGCUAUCAGAGGAAAGGACAAUGUAGGAGCGGAUUAUUUAAGCAGACAGUAA